AACCCGGAAGUUAACAGGUGUCGAAUCGUGACGUCAAACUUUCACGUAUAGACCAGUGUCAAAAGUGAAAAGGAUAAAUGUGAACCGGUUAGUUAGAAAAAAGACCUCGGUACGGUUGUAUAUCAAGUUAUCGAUUUUCUAAAUCUUCUAUAGAUAUUUAGCCGUUGUGAUUAAGUCUUCCUGGUUUUCCAAAAUGACUUGGAAAGUGACAUUGGUGGUGACUGUCGUAUUCAUAGUGUCAAGCUGUUUGGUGAUACAAAGUCUUUCUGAACCAAUUAAGGAUGUUUCAGAGAGUUCACAGGAACACGAUUCUAAGAAGAAUCAUGAGGAGAGUUCAGAUGAGGGCUCAAUCAUUCACACACUGAGGAAGAGCAAGGGCAACCUCGGAUUUCUUCAUGCCUUCGUAGCCUCCCUGUCUGUCAUCAUUGUCUCAGAACUCGGCGACAAAACAUUCUUCAUAGCAGCCAUUAUGGCCAUGAGACACUCGCGUCUGACUGUGUUCACUGGGGCCCUGGGAGCUCUGGGAUUGAUGACAAUAUUGUCAGCUCUGUUGGGGUAUGCCACGACCAUCAUCCCAAAGAAGGUGACCUAUUAUGCUUCCUCUAUUCUGUUUGCUGUGUUUGGAAUGAAAAUGUUAAAAGAAGGUUAUGAUAUGUCCCCUGAUGAAGGACAGGAGGAGUAUGAGGAGGUUCAGGCAGACCUGAAGAAACGAGAGGAGGAGUUAGAAAAGCAGAAUGUUCCCGUGGAGGAUAUAGAGACUGGCAUUAUACGUACACCAGGGCGGCGCUGGUUCCAGGGAAUUCUAGGAACAAUUUUCUUACAAGCAUUUACCUUGACAUUUCUAGCAGAAUGGGGGGAUAGAUCUCAAAUUACAACAAUCAUAUUAGCUGCCAGGGAGGAUGUGAUGGGGGUCAUCAUCGGGGGGACUCUAGGUCAUGCAAUCUGUACUGGCAUCGCUGUGUUAGGGGGGCGGAUCGUGGCACAGAAAAUAUCCGUCAGAACAGUGACGUUGAUAGGUGGCGUGGUUUUCCUAGUGUUUGCAUUGUCGGCAUUCUUGGUGCCGGGACACGAUUUGUGAGUGUGGAUAUCAUUCGUAUGGACUCUACACUCAUCUUACUCAGACAAGUCUUUUUACAGAGAAAACAACUCAUUGGACGGUGAUAGAUUAUGGUCAUCCAGCCAUGACGUAUAUGUGAUACAUUUUAUGAUGAAUCAUGAGGAAUGGUUCCUUCUGUAUUGCAAGGUGAUGGAGAAGCUGCGAGGACUUUUGUUAUAUAUUCCAGCAAUAUUUCAAAACCAAGACGUUAAAUCAUUCUCUUGCACUUCUGACAGUCAAUUUACAUUUCUGUGGCUGUUUGAAAUUAGCUCCUGGGGAGAAAACUGCAGAUUCACCUUCUGUGAGACAAAGAACAAUUCUGCAUGCAGCUGUUAUUUAACUGAUAAUCAAAUUCAUUGUAAUCCUUAAUAAGCAAGUAUUAACCGGGGGCUCCUCCCCCUCUCCCCCGUAAAUCUUGUUAAAAAUACUUAUCUUUGUCCAUUGUAAUGUAAUUUUAGUCAUAAAAUGCUAUGUCUCAGACUCUUAGUUUAGGUUGGACACUGGGUGAAAAAUGACAUGGGUGUCCUCCCAAUUUUUAGAUCUGCAUGUGGUCAGUGUACAUUUCUAUACAACUUAUAAGGGUGUAAUUGGACAUAUCUUUUGUUAAGUCACUCAGGUGAAGAGGCCUAUUGCUAUCCGUGCCCAUCCGCAGCUGGUGUUAAAGUUUAGUGAAUAGUUGUAUAUUGAAUAAAAAAUUAUGUGGUGCCUGUUACAGACUUCUCAGAAAUGGGUAGGUAGGUUGAAUUUCUUUAUUUUUUAGACAUUAAGAUUUAGGGAUUGUGUUCACAUGAUCAUAGACGGCAGUCCCAGGGAUUACGUUGACAUGAUCAUAGACAGCAGUCCCAGGGAUUACGUUGACAUGAUCAUAGACAGCAGUCCCAGGGAUUAUGUUGACAUGAUCAUAGACGGCAGUCCCAGGGAUUAUGUUGACAUGAUCAUAGACAGCAGUCCCAGGGAUUAUGUUGACAUGAUCAUAGACGGCAGUCCCAGGGAUUAUGUUGACGUGAUCAUAGACAGCAGUUCCAGGGAUUGUGUUGACGUGAUCAUAGACAGCAGUUCCAGAGAUUAUGUUGACGUGAUCAUAGACGGCAGUCCCAGGGAUUAUGUUGACAUGAUCAUAGACGGCAGUCCCAGGGAUUGUGUUGACACAGUAAAGAACCCCACAGCUGUGGCUUUGAGUGUGAUGCAUAGAUCUAAAUUUGUAGCACUUCACCUCUUUAAUCUUUAAAUGGGUACAAGAUUCUUCAAUGGUACGUGUAUGUAGGUCAACAAACAGAUCAAUGGCUCAUAAGCUGAAAAUGCAACACAAGAAAUACUCUUUACUCCUGAACCUCUAGCUCCACUUUACACAAAGGUUGCUUGUGACCAGAAAGUGUGACAUGACCCCGAGCUAAGGUCAAAGUUGUUAAAACAUUAUUGAGUUUGGGCCACUGCUUUAAUAGUAGCCCAUAUUUGAAACAAAGAUUGCUUGUAACUACACAUAAUACUUUUUAUGUUGUGCUCUGCGUUAUACUCGGGUGACCGCUAAGGUCCAUGGGCCUUUGUUGAUGCCUGUUUUGGUGUUUUAUUUGACUAUACAGUGGAUACUUAAAUUUAUUGCAAAAUGUUGAAGUAUUAAGUGAUUCACUUCUAUAGUGCAGCUCAAAUUCACCCUAUAUAAUUCCAGGAUACAUGUAUAUCAUUCACCAUCAAACAUUAUCAAACUGUGGAGUGUGCCAAACAUGGAGAUUGUAAUGUCAGAAUCCUGUAUUAUUGUGUGUGUUCUGAAUGAGUAGUUAAAGCGCUUAUUUUACAGACACCCUGUAUUUAUCUUCCAUAGAUCUCACAAGGGUUUCAUUGAUAGAAGGUGUGUAUUUGUUAGUAUUGUGUAUAAAAGAGUAGAAAUCAUCGAUUUUAUAGAAUUUUACAGUGAAACUGCCUGAUCAUGCUGAUUUGAAACAUUUGAAAUGUUUGAGGACAAUACUCUUAUUAUACCCUCAGCAAAGAAAGUUUGGGGGGGGGGUGUACUUGAAUCACCUUGUCUGUUAAGGGGGGCUUUGUGUUAUGUUGUCAUUGUCCUCAGUAUAUCAAAAAACACAUUAAUUCAUUUAUGUAGUAUUUUCUGAAUUGAUUUCAGUAUUAGUACAUGUACAAUAUACUACAAAAUUUUAAACUGUAUAUAUGCUGUUAUAGUGUGGAACAUUGUUAUUGAAUAUUAAGGUAUGGACAGAGAUUUAAGGAGGAAUAACACAUCGCAAUGUGACUGAGUUCCUUUCGGAACAAACAUGGAAAAAUAAAUAUUAUGUAUUGUUGUUAUUGCUUAGAUGGUUAGUUCAGUGAGUUAAUUCUUUAUGGAUAUUGAUAAAUAAAUCAUGAACGGUCUUGAUAUUUUUUUUUUUUUUUUUGGAGGGAUUGGUGUGAUUUUCUACUUUAUCUGUAUUUUUUGCCCUCUAAAGAUGGUAAAUGUUUGAUUUUUUUAAUUGCAAAACAUUGUUGAUGAUAUCUGAUGUGUUAUAUGUGUGCCACCAUAAAGUUUGAGAGUAUUGAAUGAAAGACACUGGCUGUACGGUGUUAUACCACCUUAAGAUUUGAUAGUAUUGAGAGAGAGAGAGAGAGAGAGAGAGAGAGAGAGAGAGAGAGAGAGACUGACUGUGUAUGGUAUUAUGCUGCCUUAAGGUUUGGGAGUAUGGAGUAAGAGUAGCUGAAUGUAUGGUGUUAUAUCGCCUUAAAGUUUGAAAAUAUUGAGUGAGAGAUGUGGAUUUUAUGGUGUUCUACCACCUUAAGGUUUGAGAAUAUUGAGUGAGAGACACGGCUUUUAUAAUAUACCUUUUGUGUUUAUGUGUGUUAAUUAAUAAGCAAGAAUCAACCAUGUCUUCUAAUCUGUGUUGUGUUCACAUAAACUAGUUUUAUCACAGGUACAGAGAAAGCGACAUAUUUAUUCUUAUUUUGUCUGAUUGAGUUUUAAUUAGUUUCCCAUUACUAGUGAGGCACAUUUCAACAGACACUAUUUGUGUGUAAUAUCGGUAUGGAAAAAAUUGAAAUGUGAAAAAUGCAUUCCAAGAACGUAAGAUAGAACAACAUUAAAUUAUUACAAGAGUUA